CUGUAUACACUGCCUGCACAGGCCAAAUUGAUCACCCGCAAAGCUCUCCUCAUCGCAAUAAACUACGCUCAUAUCCCUGAGGAAGCGGAGGACCGAUAUGCGACACUCGAGGGACACCAUCAGCUGCAGGAGAUGAAACAACUUCUUAUUGACCAAUACGAGUAUCGCGAGGAGGACAUAGUUGUCAUGAUGGAUGACGACAGCACCGGGGAUCCAUUAUGGCCGACUAGGGAGAAUAUCCUGAGAGAAGUACGCCUUCUUGCGGAGGGCGCAUCCUACUUGGACCGGCGUUUCUUGUAUUUCACAGGCCAUGGAACAAAUUCUAUUUGCGAUCACCAGAGUGAAGUUGAUAUGCUGGACGAAGCCAUAGUUGACGGUUGUGGGGUCAAGGUCAUAGAUAAUGACCUUCACGACGCUCUAUGCGGCCGGUUGUCUGUUGGCCCCGAUGUGAUUGCUUUAUUCGACUGCUGCCAUUCCGCCACGAUUCUUGAUUUACCACAUGUGAGAUGCAACGAGCUUUCGCCGCGGCUAUCACCGAUGGAUAUGCCGAGGUCCCCUAUCAUGCAGCCUCUUACCAACAUGGCGUUAGACUCACCGAGGAGCACGUUGAGGCUACUGCAAAGCCCUACCACGGUCUCCAUAACUGUUCCUGCCCUCGGCGAUCAAUUUAUAUUAGGACCGAAGAGAGUUGUCAAGAAAUGCAACAACCGGUCCAUCAGAAAAACAGUCUCCAGAUUCGUUCCCGAAACCCUUUGCGAGCUUCUCAGAUCACCUAAAUUGACUUCGGCAAUCGUCACCGCCAGUUUACUCCUCACAGCUCCGGCUAUAGCGGCCCCCUGGGGAGCACCUUCCCGUUCCAAAAGGGCUGCACUGGGCCUGCUCAGGAGCUCGUUCAUAGCCGUUUAUAUGGCUCAGUCGUUGUUUGUCCAUGUCCUCAAGAAAAAGAAAUCUAUGGAAUGUCGUGGUGGAUGCACUUCUCCUCGGAGGAUCGAUAAACCGUCGGUGCUGAAGGUGUGCAUUUCUGCCUGUCGUGACCAUGAGAGAGCAUGGGAAGACCAUAUAGAGAACGAGUCUUUUACGACGUUCUUCAUCGAUGCUCUUAGGAACAAACCUGACCUAACUUAUGAAGACUUGCUUCUCAACGUUCGCCAUCGAGUUCGUGACUUGACCAGAAGACGUCUAGAAGACAAUGAUGGCCCCAGGGAUGAUCCCGACCAGAGACCAGUGCUUGGAAGCUUUUAUAAGCUUGACCUCAAGCAGCCAUUCUAUCUCUAAUAAAUGACAUUACCCUAUAUGGCUCAUACCCUCUUGCAUAAUAAACUGCCGGAACAAGAAUUUAUAAUCUUGCUUAUGCUCGCUCCC